AUGGCCGCAACAUGGCCCCGCCGGCUGAACCACGUUCUUACGAUGACUAUGACGACGCUUACGCAGCGGCCAAGGCUCCGGGCGCCGUACUUGUCAAACGUCGGAACGGUCGACCAGCAAGGCCAAUCGGUCACCGACGCGGAUGCCGACGCGGCCAAUAACUCCCACUUCAUCACGCCAGCCUUCCCGCAACCACCCCGGACGCGCACUGACAGCUGCAGCACCUGGGCCUUGAUGGUGGAGGCUGGCAGCCAGACGUUGGAAGCGGUGGUAGGACCGUUUCUAGAGGGGGCGCUUAUGGAGAUAUUUGGCGAGGCUUGGGAACGCGAGCUUUUCAAGUUGGAGCUCGCCUUGCCGCCCUUCACAGCCGCCACGUGCGCGGAUCUAGUCACCCGCUGCAAGCAGCUGCAUGAGCGGCUGCCGAUUACCAUCCACAAGCGGGUCGAGGCAGCGGCAAAGGCCACUGGUGUGCUGGCCAGCAAUCCAGCAUCCCUGGAGCCCGAGGACGUCGCGACAUCGCAUAAUGCCAUGAAAGGCAUGCUGCAGGAUUGCAUCAAGGCCAUGAAAAUGCCGAGCCUGUUGGGAGCCGGCUCACGUCAGUUUCGGGACUUCAUUUCGGAGUUGCUGCCGCAUGCUGAGUCCUCGCUGCUGUACUACGACAUGCUCAUUGCGGACUGUGCGGAGGCCGCCGCGGCGCGCCAGCAGGCGCGGGACGUUGCAGCUGGGGAGCCUUGUGCUGGGGAUUCGCUCGGGGAGGCUGCCCGUGCGGCGGUGGCCUGCGGUGCAGCCGAUGUGCAACCGGCGGCAGCCACUCCGUGA